UCGGGCGCGGCCUACGUGCCGCUGGACAAGGUCUACCCGACGAACCGGUUGGAGGCCAUGCUCGAGGAUUCCAAGGCGGUCGUCACGAUCACGGCGGGCGACCUCGGCGCGAAGAUCGCGGGCUUCGCCCAGUUGGACGUGGGCACGCUGGACCUGACGAAGGAGCUGCCCGUCGACGAAGACGCCGAGGACGCGUCCGAGCGCUGGUUCGGGACGCGCCUGGCCAAGUGCACCCGCGACGACGUCGCCUACUGCCUCUUCACGUCCGGCUCCACGGGCCGCCCCAAGGGCGUGCCCAUCGCCCACGGGUCGCUGACGAAUUUGCUGUUGAGCUUCGCGGCGGACAAGGUCGCGAGCGGCGGGCUGCUCGUGGACGACGCGGCGGCCAUGGGCACGCUCCUGGCGGUGACGACGGUGUGCUUCGACAUCGCCGGUCUCGAGCUCUUCCUGCCCCUGAUCGUCGGCGCGGCCGUCGCGGUCGCGCGCGAGGACGAGGCGCGCGACCCGGCGGCGCUGCGCUACCUCAUCGACGCCCUCGACGUCGACGUCCUGCAGGCGACGCCCGCGAGCUGGCGCGUGCUCGUCGACGACGGCUGGAUGGGCGACGCGAAGCUCGUCGCGCUCUGCGGCGGCGAGGCGCUGCCCGGCGACCUCGCGAACGCGCUCGCGCCCAAGGUCAAGACGCUGCUCAACGUCUACGGCCCCACGGAGGCGACGAUCUGGUCGACGCGCCACGCCGUGGCGACGGACGGCUUCUACCCCGUGGGCUGCGUCGGCGCGCCCUGCCGCAACAACUCGGCGCACGUGCUCGACGGCCACGGCGAGCUCCGGCCCGUGGGCGUGCCCGGCGAGCUCGCGCUCGGCGGCUCCGGCCUCAGCCCGGGCUACCUCCACCGGCCGGACCUGUCCGAGGGCCGCUUCGUCGCGCCCGCGGCGACGUUGGUGGAGCCGGCGUACUGGCAGCCGCCGGGCCACCCCGGCGGCUCCGUCAAACGCCUCUACCGCACGGGCGACCUCUGCGUGCGCCUCCCCUGCGGCCGCCUCGAGUGCCUCGGCCGCAUCGACUCGCAGGUCAAGAUCCGCGGG